GGCGGGUCCGCUGCUGGCGAGGGACGGUGUGAAAGAGAAGUUCUGAUCACUUGGAAUUGCAGUUGGUACUGAAACCAUUUCUACUUCAAAAAUGUUGGAGGAAGAUAUGGAAGUGGCCAUCAAGAUGGUGGUUGUAGGCAAUGGAGCAGUUGGAAAAUCAAGUAUGAUUCAGCGAUAUUGCAAAGGCAUUUUUACAAAAGACUACAAGAAAACCAUUGGAGUUGACUUUUUAGAGCGACAAAUCCAAGUUAAUGAUGAAGAUGUUAGACUAAUGUUAUGGGAUACUGCAGGUCAAGAGGAAUUUGAUGCAAUAACCAAAGCCUACUAUCGAGGAGCCCAGGCUUGUGUACUUGUAUUUUCUACUACAGACAGAGAGUCUUUUGAAGCAGUUUCUAGCUGGAAAGAAAAAGUAGUAGCUGAAGUUGGAGAUAUACCAACUGUGCUUGUACAAAACAAGAUUGACCUUUUGGAUGAUUCUUGUAUAAAGAAUGAGGAAGCUGAGGCUCUGGCAAAAAGGUUAAAGUUAAGAUUCUACAGAACAUCAGUGAAAGAAGACCUAAACGUGAGUGAAGUUUUUAAAUACUUGGCUGAAAAAUAUCUUCAAAAACUCAAACAACAAAUAACUGAGGAUCCAGAACUAACGCAUUCAAGUAGUAACAAAAUUGGUGUCUUUAAUACAUCUGGUGGAAGUCACUCGGGUCAGAAUUCAAGUACUCUUAAUGGUGGAGAUGUCAUCAAUCUUAGACCUAACAAACAAAGGACCAAGAAAAACAGAAAUCCUUUCAGCAGCUGUAGCAUACCUUAAAAUAUUUUAGGGAUGAAAAAGUUGAAUUAUAUUGUACACUUCACUAAGAAACACAUCCAGCUGUCACAGUAUGCUACAAGUGUUUUAGCAGUCUUUGUACCUAAUGGCUUUCUGAAAGCUGACAGAUUUAAACAUUGCUCUGCAGUGCUUUUCAGAAUGUAGAGUGAGACCUUUGGUGGAAAAAUUACUGCCCUGUGGAACUCAUUUUAAUUUUUUUUUUUUUUUUUUUUUUACAUUAGACGAGGCUUCUCCUGUUUUUGAAGGAAUGCUAUUACGAAAUGUCAAAAACAGGUUUUGCUGAAUUUUAAAUGCUGGAAAAUAUAUAUGCAAUGCCUAAAUAUAUUGGUACAGAUUUUAAUAUGAAUAAAGGAAAAGAAAACAAGCAUUCUUUUUCUGAAAUUGGCCAUCUAGCUUUUCUAGAUAAUAGUGUUGAACCCGAAUACUUAGGAAAAAUAAUGCUGAAAGGCAAACCCUAAAUCUUACCAGACUGCACUAGUAUGUAUUUUGGCAAUGUUACUUGUGCAAUAUCUAAAAAUUAGAAUGUGGAAGUGUGCAUGCAGAUAUCUGGUACUGAAGCAAACUGAAGGUAUGUGCAGUAUUUAAGGGAAUGUAGAUUUUAAUUAAUUCAUUUGUAAACCAUUUACACAAUGUGUACGUUUUUAUUUUCAAAUGAAAAGUUCCUGACAUAUAUUUUGCAAAAUGAGCUUAGAUUUAAAAUGUGCUUUGUGCCAAAAAUAUCACCUAAUUUUUACAGUGCUUUACUAUCAAAAUUUUUAUUGUUUAUAGUGUCUUUUAAAAGCAGUUCUCUGAUAGGCAGAUAAAAGGGGAAUAUAAAUAUUUUUAUUGCUAGAGCAUCUUCCUGGUAUGAGACUUAUUGCAAAAUCUUUUCUGUGUGGUCACUGUAAACAUGGUGCAUUCAUGCUGUCAUAGGUUAGCCAAGUCCCAAGAAGGUACACUGUUCAUGCACGGUCAUUCAGGAGGUCCUUCAAAGUUUGUGCAUCUAGCACCUUUUGCUGCUGACUGAGAACCCAACUUUGAACUUUUAAGAGUAUGCUAACUAUUUUUAAAAUAUGAUCUUUAGUCCUAAUCUAAGUUAGGGAUUUUAUAAUAACCUGCAACUCUGAAGCAUCCUUUUGUUUACAUACUUUCAUAUAUUAUUUUACCAUUCUUGCUUAAAAAUUUCUAUAACCUUUGGUUUGUUUAGCACUUUCUCAAGAGCUGUCAGCACCACAUACAGAAUAAUAUAAGAAACAAUCUAAUAUGAAAGGAUGUAUCAGAGCAUAAAUUUUGUGACUUGGGACAGUAGCCUUUCAAACAGAGAUAAUUGCAUGAACUGUGUAAUCGAUUGUAAUUCUGAUUAUCAUUCAUCCGUGGUUGUUUUUUAAUAUAUAAUUAACCCAUUUCAAUAUAUCUCCUUUUUACAGGAUUUUAAAAUAUGCAAAAAUUUCUCUUGAAUAAUGUGUCAUGAAGUCAUUUUCAUUAUUUAUACUAAAUACAUGUGUUUUAUAUAUUUUUCUUUUUUUAAGUCUUCCAUCUGCACCACCCUCAUCCUUUUGUCCAGAUUAAUAUUGAGAACAUGUAGAAUUUCCUGCAGUAUGUCUUGGUUAAGUGAUCAAGUAUGAAUGUUUGCUUUUCAUAAUAUUGAAAUAAUCCGGCAUUAUCUAUUUCAAAGUAAUAUAAAAGUUUAUUUUUAUGUCAUCAGUUGUUACCACUCCCAUUGCUGGCAGUGGGACAAGUGUUGGGGGAUAAACUCAGCUUCUUACAAUGAUAACCUGCUAAGGAAUGCAUCUUUUUUACUCUUUAAUUUUUGCACAAAAAAUAUUUGUGUCAAAUAAUCUCAUGAUCUUUAUCAGAAGAAAAGUCUCUUGUUAUAUAAUGUGUUGUAGUUCAAUUUCAUAUUAAUUGUGUGGAUAAAUGUGUGUUACUUCUCUGUAUAAAAAAUGUAAUCUCCAAUGAUGAUUGUAGUUAUGUUUGGUUUAUCCUUGUUUUUCCUUAAGAGAACUGAAGAGACCUAAAUUUUUACUUGGCAUUGUUAUAUUUUACACCUAAUCAUAAUCAUUUAAAAUAAAAGGUCUGAAAACCAGUGAUAUGUUAAAUAAGUUCUCAAUUUAAUCUUCUAAAACUUUAAAGAUUGAUAUUUUUCCUUUGUGAUCCUUUACUCUUUAAAGUAAUUUUAUUAACUUAUCAUGAAACUAUGGAUACUAAAGAGACACGACUAAGAUUCUGGGUUAGCAUGCAUUUGUGCUCCAGUCUACUUUUAUGGGUAAUUUUUAGCAUACAGACAUAUAGCUGUGGAACAACUGCCAUAUUUCAGUUCCUCUGGUUUCCUUUUUCAGUCUCUGCCUGUGAAUUAAAUAGUAUGUACAAAAUAGUCCAUAUAAGGCAAUAUAUUUUAAAAGGUUCUUUUUACCUGUUCAAAAUUGGUAGCACACGUGGUUUUUCAGAAUAAAGCUUAACACUAUUAAAAAGGACAAGCAACUUUCUUCUUUAUGGAGUGAAGCUAUGUGGUUGUUCCAAAGUUGGCAAUGCAUUGAGAAAGAAAUCUCAGUAAUAUGUACUCCAUUGCACCUGGGGCUUUAGGGACUGGGACCUUUUUUGAAAAUCUUCUAGUGAGGAGUUGUCCUUAGAACCCAAUGUUCUAACUUCAAACAUUGUACUGUUUUAAUGUAAGAUAUUGUUAGCCUCUUUUUCAAAGCUUUUGAAAUAGUUAUUAUUUUCUGAAAUAUAUCAUUAGUGUAUUUCUCUGAAAACAAAAUGAACUGAUGUGG